UCAUUUCAUCCCCUUCGUCAUCGUCUCUUCUGCGUCAUAACCCCAUCACUGUCUUCCCUUCCUCUUCCUGAUAUCCCUUCACCUAAACCUAACAUCCCUUCAUCCCCUUCGUCAUCGUCCCUUCUGCGUCAUAACCCCAUCACUGUCUCCCCAUCCCCUUCGUGAUUUCCCUUCUGCAUCCUUUUCUUCCCUUCACCUAAACCUAAAAUCCCUUCAUCCACUUAAUUCGUCACCGUCCCAUCAACGUCACAACCCCAUCACUGUCUCCCUUUCCUCUUCCCUUCACUUAAGCCUAUACCCCCUUCAUCCCCCUUCCUUCCUCCUGCGUUUUCCUCACUUUCGGAAGCAUGGAGGGCGUGGAAGUGAGGGACGCGCAAGUGCCCCACACUCUGCAACGGUUGGUCAACGGUCAAAUGCCGACGGGAGAAGAGGAAGAGGAAGAGGAAGAGGAUCAAGGGGAACCGUCGCCAUUAGCCCCGAAGUUGGCAGCCAAAGAGUCGUGCAUGAGAUCGAGACUGCUCAACCCCGGGUCACGUCACUACAUCAUCCGACGCAACGGUGACUGCAACCUGACGUACUCCAACCUUCGUCAGCGCCGGUCACGAUACCUCCAGGACCUCUACACAACGCUGGUGGAUGUGCAGUGGCGGUGGACGCUCCUGGUCUUCUUCCUCGGCUUCAUAAUCAGUUGGCUGAGCUUCGCGUUCAUCUGGUACAUGAUCAUCAAGGUGCAUGGAGAUGACCAGGAGGGCGCCACACACACGCCCUGCAUCAACAACGUGGCAACCUUCACCGGCAGCUUCCUCUUCUCCAUUGAAACUCAGCACACCAUCGGCUACGGCUACAGAUACACCACCGAGGAAUGCCCUGAGGCUGUCCUGGUGAUGUGUCUUCAGAGCAUCACUGGGGUCAUCCUUCAAGCGUUCAUGGUGGGUGUGGUCUUUGCCAAGCUGACGAGACCCAAGCAGAGGACCAACACCAUCAUGUUCUCCCGCCAGGCAUGUAUCUGUCUGCGCGAUGGGAACCUUUGCCUCCUCUUCAGGGUUGGGGAUAUGAGGAAGUCGUUCAUCAUUGGUGCUACUGUUAUGGCCCAGGUGGUUCGUCGGCGGCGCACGGAGGAGGGCGAGGUCAUUCCCUUCCACCAGUACGAUGUCACGGUGGGCAGCGACGACGGGUCCGAGCACCUCUUCUUCCUGUGGCCCAUGACGAUCGUGCAUGUCAUCAACCAGGACUCUCCCUUCUAUAACAUGUCCGCCGUUGACCUCAUGAACGAGAACUUUGAGUUGGUGGUGUACCUGGAGGGCUGCACGGAGUCUACCGGCAACACCAUGCAGGCGCGCUUCUCCUACCAGCCCUCGGAUAUCCUUUGGGGUCAUCGCUUCGAGAACAUGAUAGCAUUCGACAAGGCCUCGGACAAUUACGUGGUCGACUUCAGGGAGUUUAACAAGACAAGAGAGAUCCCGACGCCCUUGUGCAGCGCCCGUGAGCUGGAGGAGUUCAAGCUACAGAGCAAUGAGCCGCUGAUGUGCUACACGCCCUCCAACAACGACCCGGUGGUGUGUCUCGAGCCUGACGUGUUCGUGACGCGAGACCAACACAAGUCUCGGGUAUAGGCGAUGGUGCUGUUGUGGUGGUGGUGGUGGUGGUGCAAGGGGGUGUCCUUAGCGCAUAUGGUUUUAGUGGCUCCGGUCCAUAUUCUUGAACGUAUUGGACUCGUUAUGACUAUGGUUGGUUAGAGUUUCCGCCCCUCACGUCAUUUCCAAAGCCCAAAAAGGAGGUUAACUGAGCUUUGAUGAGUGUGUAUUCACGUUCAUGGUACAGACAAAGGGUUAAACUACCACCAGGGUCAUUGAACUACCCCUGGAAAUGCCCCACACCCUUAUGAAAGCCUUGUCAAAUGAGUGUUUCUUUAGGUUCAUGGUUCAGAAGAAGGGUCAAACUACCACCAGGGUCAUUAAACUACCCCUGGAAAUGCCUCGCACCCCUAUGAAAGCCUUAUCAAAUGAGUGUUUCUUUAGGUUCAUGGUUCAGAAGAAGGGUCAAACUACCACCAGGGUCAUUAAACUACCCCUGGAAAUGUCCCACACCCCUAUGAAAGCCUUGUCAGAUGAGUGUUUCUUUAGGUUCAUGGUGCAGACGAAGGGUCAUUAAACUACCCCUGGAAAUGUCCCACACCCCUAUGAAAGCCUUGUCAAAUGAGUGUUUCUUUAAGUUCAUGGUGCAGGCGAAGGGUCAAACUACCACCAGGGUCAUUGAACUACCCCUGGAAAUGCCUGGAACGCCCAUGAAAGCCCUGUCAAAUACAUGUGCCUGGGUGUUAAGGUGUUUACAAAUACGGCCCUAUUUCCCAAGGCCACAGAGAAGGUUAACUGGGUGCUGGUGAUGUGGCAGGGUGUCAUUAGAGCACAUGGUUUUAGUGGCUCGGGGUCCAUAGUGGCACUGGGCCUUCAUUACCAUUUCCCAAGGCCACAGAGAAGGGUAACUGGGUCUUCAUGGCUGCCUUUUUCCCAGUCAAGAUGCAGAAAAUUAUCACCUUCACAUAACAGUCCAUAAAAUCCAGGCCCAUAUUGGCACUGAGCUUUCAUUACCAUUUCCCAAGACCACAGAAAAGGGUAACUGGAUUUUCAUGGGCGCCUUUUCCACAUUCAAGAUGCAGAACCCAUGAAAAACUAUCACCACCUUCACAAAACAGUCCAUAAAAUCCAGGCCCAUAUUGGCACUGAGCUUUCAUUACCAUUUCCCAAGACCACAGAGAAGGGGAACCGGAUUUUCAUGGGCGCCUUUUCCACAUUCAAGAUGCAGAACCCAUGAAAAACGAGAGAACAAAAACAAAGAUCAAGGUUACAAAGAAUGAACAAAGAAAAGAUAAACGAACAGGGAAUAGAAAUGAGAAAAUCCAAUGUAAAACUAUGACCACCUUCACAGAACACUCCAUGAAAAUCCGAACUUCCACGAGGGGGCAUUGCAAAUGUGAACUGAGACGCCAAUACGUUUGAGAAUACAGUCCGGGACAGCCUUAACCCACUACACCUGCCCCCCCCCCGAGUAUGUAGGGGUGUUACCUGGUGUGGUGUAGUGUUGUGAAGUGGUGGUAUUUAGAUUUUACAAUGUACCGAUAUAUAUAUAUUUUUUUGUAGUGGUAGCUUGUAGUUGUAAGUGAAAGAAGCAACUUGUGUAAUGUAACAGGUCUGGUACUGAAUACAAUUUCCCUGAGUACCGUAGAUGUAUAUGUUUAAUGGUAGCGCAGUAGAGAAAGAAAGAGGGAUAGAAAACGAGAGCAGAGAAGAGGAAGACUGAAGGAAAGAGGAAGAGAAAACGAGAGCAGAGAAGAGGAAGACUGAAGGAAAGAGGAAGAGAAAACGAGAGCAGAGAAGAGGAAGACUGAAGGAAAGAGGAAGAGAAAACGAGAGCAGAGAAGAGGAAGACUGAAGGAAAGAGAAAGGAAGAGGAAGAGAAAAUGAGAGCAGAGAAGAGGAAGACUGAAGGAAAGAGAAAGGAAGAGGAAGAGAAAUCAUGAGAGCAGAGAAGAGGAAAAGUUAAGGAAAGAGAAAGAACGAGGAAGAGAAAACGAGAGCAGAGAAGAGGAAAAAUGAAGGAAAGAAAAAGGAGAAUUUAUUUAUUUCCUUUGAGAUGGAGGAAGAGAGAAAGUGAAGGAAAGAGAAAGAGAGAGGAAUAGAAAUCAUGGUAGUGGAGAACAUUGCCUUUGUUGUUGGUUAUAAAGGAAGCAAUGAAUGAAAAUAAAGACAGGGGUUGAAAUUAGUGAAAGAAAAUUGAGAAAGGAGAAAAAACUCAUAAUAAACAAUGAAUAAAAAAAAUGGUAGUCUAGAAUAUUGACUUUGUUGGUUAUAAAGGAAACAGUGGAGGA